AUGUUUUCUUCUUGGCGUCCUCCUCCUCCCGGAUGGUUUAAGAUCAAUAUAGAUGCAGACUUAAGUAGUAACUACAAGGCCGGUACUGCUGGAAUUUGUAGAGAUGAUAAAGGUAGACUGUUACUUGCAUUUGGUACCCAACAUGUUCAUUGGGAUAUUGGCCAUUUGGAAUUACAGGCGGUUUAUAUGUUAAAGAAUUUCUUACAAGAUUGGAUGGUGGAAGCUCAAGGAGUCAUUAUUGAAGGAGAUAACUUCAACAUCAUCAAAUUUCUUCAACAAGCUUUGAAAAGAUUCAAGAAUAAAGAACCUAUUGAGGAUGACUUAUCCUUUGUAAGUGAUUUUAAUCAAGUUGCUUUUAGUUUUACUACUAGAAACGGUAAUAAGUUAGCAGAUUGUUGCGCUAAUUUUGCUUUGAGGAAAAGCUGUAUUUGGCAUGAUCUUUCUAGUAUUGAAAUUCCUCCUUCAUUCUUGUACAUUUUGAAGGAUGGAUGA